UCUAGCUGUGCGCCAACAACCGAAUGAGUUCUUCACAACCCUCAUCCGUGUCGCGCCAUCCGUUGGACAGCCACCAUUUUUUACAUUGAAGCCUGCUCGAAGUCUUCGGGCUUUCGGGUGCCUCUCAGAGACUACUUGUUUUAUGUGAAAUGCAAUGGCACUCCACUUGGCUGGCGCUUCAUAUCCUUAGCUUUCCGUACUUCGUCUCCGCCGUGCGCGUGCACGAUGACCUGGGCAUUGCGGAACCCGGCUGUGGCCCCUGUGACCAACUGUGCCGCAAGCCGCACCCGUCGCUGCAGAGCAUCUUCGUCGCACCCGACCGACUCAGAGCGGUGACCGCGGAGGACGGUCGCUCGGCGACGCGCUACGUGGUGCGCAGCGAUCAUGAGGACAUCGAGGCCUUGUGUUCCAAAGACCUCGACCUUUGCAACGCCACACUGGUUCCCUAUGUGGAUGCCCUGGAUCCGCUGAAUAUGUCGCGGCUGGAAAUCUACGUGGAUCCCAUAUUGGAGGUGCAGCUCCGCUGGCUGGGCAAGCACCGCGCGUGGCUGUGCCGAAUCGACGAUGACGUUUCCAAGGAAUGUGUUUGUCAGCUGACCGGCCACGAAACACACUCGAGUGUCCUGGAGCGCUUCGGCGCCCUGUUGCCGAAGACGAUGGGUCUCAGAUUGACUGAGGCGCAACUGAAUUUGGAGCGUCGCUGCCCAGAGCCCUCCAUCUUGGAUGGCCUUUGCAGCACCUUGCUGUUCCUCCUUCUGCUCAUUGGCGCUCUAACUCUGGAGGCCCUCCUGGCCCUGCGCCACGAGUUCUCGGGGGCAUCACGCAGAUCGGGCGCGCCGGAUGGAGAGGAGGCUGCUGCAUUCGAAUGGCCUGAGGACGCCGUGAAGGUCCAAAGCCCUUCGCAGAAUUUCUUCACCGGCUUGGGCUGGAGUGGUGGCUUUGUGGGCUGCCUGGUGACCCUGCAGACUGUGACCUUGUCCUAUGUGGAGAAGACGGAUGUGCCCGAGCAGGUGGACUGGGCCAUCAUGUUUUUCCCCUGCUUCUUAGCUGUGCUGGGCUCAUAUCGACUGAUGAAGCUUCUUUGCAAGAAGCAGCUCACCCACUUCUGCUUAAAGCGCGGUGUGCUGCUUUUGGACCCUGCACCUUCCACAAGGAUCGACGUGAUGCUUUUGGCCCUUUUGGGACUCUAUGGUUUGCUGGUGCUGGGCUGCAGCUUUGCCAACCCUCAGGCCAUGGUCGUGGUGGCCUUGCUGGGACCCUUCUGGACGCUCUUGAAGGCCUUGCGCACUGCGAGUGACCUGGAGGAACAGCUUAAAGAAGUGGAAGUGAAAUCGAAGCUUUGGCGAACUGACUUGCCCCAGGUGACCGUUCUCUCUUGGUCUUCCUUGCUGCGCUCCUUCCGCGCUGGCGAUGGCAACAUCACCAAGGCCCACAUCGUUCCUUCCGACGAUGGAAUGCCAGAGGACCACUUCGAGGACUUCAGCUUCCGUGACCUCGCAUGGCACCGUGCGGCCAUCUGGCACCAGGAGGGCUCAAGCAUGGGCUUUUGGGUCUUGCCGAGCUGGGCAGCCUUAGUGGCGGCCUUCCUCGCAAUGUCCUUGUUGCAGGGCACUCUCUACGCUUGCUCCAGGGGACAGCUGAAAGAUCUCCAGCUGGUGACGGAUCUCCAUUCUUUGACCUUCAAGCCCUACCAACAGCGCUACGUAGUGCACAUGGACACCAGCUUCACUCAGGUGGCAUUAUUGGCGACGGGGAAAAUUUCCGCAACUCGUUGGAUCUCCCUGCAGCAGCCGGCAUCGCCCGGGCCAUCGCGGGCACCGAUUCGGAAGCUCUUGGAGGACGAGAGCUUCGCCAGCGAGGAGAUCCAACUUUCGCAGGCUUUGAUUCCACGCGUGAGCACCGUGCAGAUCCAGGGCUUGCGGCCAUGGCUGGAGCCCAGCGAGGUCCACGUGCGCUUCUCCCCGCUGCGCACGCUGCCUUUCUGGGUUGAAGUGAAGGGCGCAGACUUCCACGCGCUCGUGCCGUGGUCGACGAUCCCUGGAAGCAUCAUCAGCUUGCCGCCAGGUGUGGCAGAGAUUGAUUUGACGGUGACGUUGGUCGACUUCUACCUCGGGCUUCCCAUCAGGGAAAGCGACUCAAGCGCCCAUUCGUCGUCUCUGUGGACGGUGUUCGAAGCGAAGGAGCACACAAACAACGAGACCUGCCACAGCCGAUGUAACGAUCAUCCGCAAUGUCUCACUUCCUUCCUGGGGGUGGGUGGAUGCUACUUCGCCUACAACAACCAGUCCUUCCCCGGUGAUGGACCGAUCCAAGGUUUGACCCCCUCCACGCUCCGCCGCCUUGCGGGACGCCUGGACGGCUGCAUAGCGAAGACGCCGACGAAUGGCAACGGCGGUGCUGGUCCGUGUGGGCACUGCCAAGCGGAGCACCACGUGCUGCAAUUCCGCCGCGUGCACCCCGACUGGCAAGGCCGCUCCGCACGUUUAUCGCUGGCACUGGAACUGGACGUUGGGGAGCAACACUUUGACGCGGAGUCGGGCACGCUCGAGUUGCACCAAGGCCGCCCCGCCGCCUCUGACGCGGUGGUGCUUCUGCGGGGCGAAGCGGCCGCGAACGCCACGCUUCCGGCGGUGGAAGCCACACUGAGCUGCGAAGUGUCGGUCGAUUCGGAGGGGAAUGUCCUCGCCACGGUGGGCCAAUAUGAUCCUUUCAACUACUCCUCCCUGCACUUGUUGGUGAUGCCCGUUGUACUGGAUCAAGCCUUCUUCGCUGAGUGGGAGGAUCAUGCAGCCGUGCUCACACCUUCGGAGGUGGCCAUGUACAAGUUCUCCCAGGCCAAACGCUGUGCAAAGAGCAAUUUCCUGCAAAGGCGCUACGCGGUGUGCUCCUCAGCUUCAGCUCCACUGAAGGACCGGCCAAUCCGAGUGGCGCUGUCUCCAUGGACGGGUCUGGAGGAACCGGUGACCUUCAGCAUCUCUCUUCGAGCAGAGCCGCCGAGCAAGCGCAGCGAGCGCAGCGAGCGCAGCUCGUUAUGGCCUCCGGCGAGGCCCCAGGAGCUGAAGGUGAGCUUCAAGGGUGUGGACGGCCCGGCAGCCUGGGCGGCCCAGCGUUACGGCUGUGCACUUCUGCAGAUGCCCAACGUCGCCAAUGAGAGUGUGGCGGCCUCAGCAGACGCCCUAUGCACCUUGAAGGACUGCCCUGGCACCUGCAAGUUGCUGAAGAAGGGCCUUGGUCAUGGGUUCAGCUGGAUUAGCGGCGUGGGCAUGAAGUCCAACCGACCCUUGUUGUCGCCAGAGGCCAUUGUCCAGGCCAUGGUUUGCUUCCAGGGUAGCCAAUGCCAAGUUCCUGGCUGGGAAUACAGCCCACCAGAUUUGCGGCUGAAGUUCACUGGCGCCCGCCUGACGCCCGGCACCCUGGUGCGGCGCCUGGGAGCCUUCCUCGACGACACUGGCGUGGAGUUCCUGGAGCAGUUUCAGGUGGAGCCGGCCACGGAGCAGCUGCAGGACCGGGUCUCCAAGAAAGUGCAAGGCUCCGAAAGCAUUGAUUUGAUGGGCCUUGACAGCGUGAGGGCCAAGUACUAUGCGGUCCACGGAGUCCACCGGCCAGUUCCGACGCUGCCGACACAGAAGGCGAAACCCAAGGAAGAGGUGAAUGAUGAGUUUUAUCGGGAUGUGGCAGAGGCUGUGUGGCACGUCCCGGCGUUGAGCAGCAGAUUCCUUGUCGCAGCAGCACAGCUGGGUGUCAAGAUGCCACGGCAGCUGCUGAUGGCGCUGAUCAAUAAAGGAGGAGCUUUGCCGACCUCAUUGGCCGCGGAGGUCCACGAGGCCUUUCAACGUGUGAAGUUGCUCAAGGUCCACCUACACGACGCGGCGCAGCUGAAGGACGUGGCGAAAGCACUGCAACUGGCGAGGAACCUCACCACCUUGAGAGUUCAACGUCGUUUGUGCGGUACAAAGAUCACCGCAUGUCCCGCGUUCUUUUUGGUGAUGAUCGACUUCUGGACUCAGAAAGCUGUACAAGUUCAUCGAACGGAGUUUUCUGGAAAUAUUUGGCCAACGGGCCAAUGGGUCGUCACAGUCAGCUGGUCGCUAGUCACCUGCACGGCAUGUGGGAAAUGGGCCACUGACCCUGGGCAUCACUGGCCAGAGCUUUGUCCUCAUCUGGGGCGCUUGAAGAGUUUGACCGUCUCGGGUUUCUCCCUUCACGAGGAGAUUUGCCUGGGAGAAAGCUUGAAGACAUUGGAUUUGGGAAGUAACCAGAUCUCAACGUUGCCCACAGACAUCUUCCAGAACCUGACCUCUUUGACUCAGCUCAGGCUGACCAACAACCAGCUAUCCACGCUACCUGCGUCCAUUUUCAGUCAGUUGCCACUUCUUCAGGAGUGUCACUUGGAUAAGAACAAACUGACAUUUUUGCCGGAGACGAUCUUCAGCAACCAGACCUUGCUGGAGGACUUAAAUCUGCAGAACAACCAGCUGUCUCUUGGCAAGAUGAGUGAGAUGCUGAACUCAUUGCGCGUGCUGUAUCUGGGAAAGAACCAUCUCUCCAGCUUACCACCCAAGAUCUUCAAACAUCUCCAGAACUUGAAUAAACUCCACCUCCAGGAGAAUCAGCUGCGCUCUUUGCCCAUGCUGAAAGACCUCUCAAAUCUGCACGAAGUGGAUAUUCAUGAGAAUCCCUUGCCGCAGGCAGAGGUCGAGAAGCUGAAGAAGGAGCUUCCGUCCUUGAGGUUUCUUCGAUCUGAGUAUUCUGAGUGAAGCAGCCGGUUCCGACUGAUCCCACCCGGACGGUGCGUCUGUACGGUGUGAGGCUGUGUAUUUUAUGACAUGCUUUUCUCCUGGUGAAGAACACCCAAAGUCAACUCAACAGUCGACAGAUACGUACCGUUCAGAAUGAUCCCUUUCCCUCGAGGGAUUUGCAAGAUCCGUGCAAUCGAGUGAAUGAAAAAGCAGCGAAAAGGAUUGCGCGCUUUCUCGGAUCGCGCGCAAGCGCGGGGGGUCCAGGAGAAGGAUCGCCACAGAGAGCCCCAUCCGGAAGGUCAUCC